AUGUCAGAGAUUGUCUUUUCUAUGGAAGAGACUUGUCCUAAUUGUAGCUCCACCACAGACCCAAAGGUGGAUGCAACCAAAAUGGUCUUGUUGGGAAUAGUGCUGCUGGUCUUUGUUGUGUUCGGCAUCCUUGGCAACAUUCUUGUCAUCCUCUCGGUGGUGUGCCAUCACCACUGGCGCUCGGUGACUCAUUACUUUAUUGCCAACCUGGCGGCGGCCGACCUACUGCUCAGCUCGGCAGUCCUGCCUUUCUCUGCCACCUCAGAAGCGCUUGGUAGAUGGGUGUUCGGGCGGUCUUUCUGCAGCGUAUGGGCGGCCCUGGAUGUCCUCUGUUGCACCGCCUCCAUCCUCAGUCUGUGUGUGAUCUCUAUCGACCGCUACCUUGCCGUUAGCUACCCUUUGCGCUACCCGGUGAUGGCUACUGGCAGACGUGGCAUGGCUGCAGUGGCUGCUCUCUGGGGACUCUCAGCAGCCAUAUCUGUGGGCCCUCUUUUUGGCUGGAAGGAGCCUGACCCAGAAGACGAGACAGUGUGCCGAAUCACGGAGGAGCCCGGCUAUGCCCUGUUCUCAGCAUUAGCGUCUUUCUACAUACCACUGGCAAUCAUUCUCUCCAUGUAUUGUCGAGUGUACAGUGUGGCAAAGAGGGGUACAGAAACCCUCAGAAAAAGUAGUGAUGGAGUAGGAGUCGAGACCGAAGGGGUGAUUCUGAGAGUGCACAGAGGGAAUGCCGCUCAAAUGGGCAAGCAUGAAGAGGACAACAUCCCCGGGAAGUCCAAAUACAUCACCAGUAGCCUCCCGAAGAUGCUCAAGCUGCCAAGAGAGGAGAAAGCAGCCAAGACCCUCGGGGUUGUCGUCGGGUGCUUCAUUCUUUGUUGGCUCCCUUUCUUCCUGGUCUUACCAAUUGGAUCCGUCUUCCCAUCCUGCAAGCCUCCUGAGACGUUAUUUAAGAUAACCUUCUGGUUGGGGUACUUCAACAGCUGCAUUAACCCCAUCAUCUAUCCAUGCUUCAGCCAGGAGUUCAAGAAAGCCUUCUACAACGUGCUCCAUGGCCGUUGCCUGAGAUGUGCUAAAGCCCAAGGACCUCACACCACCACCCACUCCACAAAUCCAGGCCCAGUAACUAAUACCCCUGAUUUCUCAAGCCAUAAUGGUGCUUCUUUAUCGGGUUGCUGUGGGGCGCUGUGUAUGUCCUCUGAAGGUGGCGCCGAUGAUAUAAGUUCAGCAAUCCAGAGAAAGCGUCUUCUGAGGUCAUGGUGCUUCUCAGCUCGUCAAACUCCGGUACCUGAGAACUCGUCUGCAAAGGUCUUACACCUUUCUCUUAAUGUUACUGGCGAGGCUGUUUGACUGCUACCUUACAGUACUUGGGGAAGCUCGAUCCCACAAGGAUCAAUCACAAGUACAAUGUGUAUAUUUUCAUUGGUAUGUCAACUGAUACAACAACUACUUGUACUACUACUAUUACUGCCUAUAAUUGUGCAACAGACCCUUUAUUAGCAUCAAACAUCCAUUUAUUGCAUUCCUGCGCAAGCACACUGGGCCUACCCAAGCCUACUUUAACAUGAUUAUAGUAGAAAUACCUUUGAGAGUAACCCACCUGUUAAACAACUCUGAAAAGAAAAUAAUACUAAACUUAUCGGAAAUCAAAGCUUAUUUCCACUGAUCUGACUACUGUUUCCAAAUGCACUGGUACUCUAUCCAAAAGGGUGAAACUAGACAUAUUUCUUGAUUGACAGCUAAUCCUCCUUUUCACGAGGCAAUGUUAAUGGAAUGAGAACACAAAAUGUGAAAUGUAUUAAUUAAAUUUAAAAAAAGCCCACAUGUAAGGGAUGAAGAACAGAAAAACCUGGAUGUUCUCCAUUGAUGUCUUGUUUACUGUGCUGCAUUGC